GGCAGAAAACGCGUGUCCCCUCCGGCGUCGUCGGGCGGGCAAUAAAGAGCCCCCGCGCCCUCGUCCAUCUUGGAUCACACCAGCAGCAAAGGUCGCUUUCGCCUCCCUCUCUCCCUAUCUCAGCCCGCGCCCCCUUUUGCCGCCGCCGCCGACGAUUCAACCGCCCGCCCAUGUCGAUCCAGGGCCUGCUCCUCGAGGUCAGAGUGACGGGGUGCCGGAAGCUGCGGGACACCGAGUUCUUCUCGCGCCAGGACCCCUACGUCAUCGUCGACUACGCCACCACCAAGCUGCGCACCCGCACCUGCACCGAUGGGGGAAGGAACCCGUCCUUCGACGAGAAGUUUCAUAUACCACUCAUCGAGGGGCUCCGCGAGCUGAGUAUCAACGUGUGGAACAGCAACACAAUCAACACCGAUGACUUCAUUGGCAGCUGCAGGGUUCCGCUGAACAAGGUGCUCACAAGUGGCUACGAUGAUUCCUCAUGGCCCCUCCAGACACGCCAUAUGAAGUCUGCUGGGGAAGUUAAACUUAUCAUGCACUUUGAUGUCUCAGCAAUGAAGAACAAGAUGGCAGGUAAAACUUCUGGCCAGUACGCUCCUUCGCCAUACGGUGCCUCCUCAGCUUCGUACCCAGCGCCUUCAGCAUAUGCUGCAGCACCCCCACCGCACCAAGCUUAUCCAGCUCCUAGCCACGCACCAUAUCCUGCUCCUUCUGCGUACUCAACUGCGCCUCCUCAGCAGCCAUACCCAACUCCGCCUCCUCAGCAGCCAUACCCACAGCAGGGAUGUCCUCCUGCAAGUCACCCACCACAGCCAUAUGGACAACCGUACCCACCGCAGCCGUACGGGCAACCGUACCCACCACAGCCAUAUGGGCAGCAACCUUACCCGCCACAGCCAUAUGGGCAACCCUACCCACCACCUUCAGCAGCACAAUCCCCUUAUCCACCUGCACCGUACCCCGGAGCUUAUCCACCGCGGCCAUAUUGAUAUACCCAGCUUCAGUGAUCUGACGCGGCGGCAUCGGAAGAAAAAAAAUGAUGAUCAGUCCUGGCCGCUGCACUGUUUCAAAUGGAUCACAAGCCUACUGAAGGCGUGUUAGAUAACUGAAACAACAUGUAAAUCAUCUCCUUCUGCGUCAGUGUUGUGAAACAGCCUAGCAAUCAUCAGAAACGUUUACUCUCUCUAGUAUGCACUAUAUGAGUAGCUUGCAGACUGCCAUGAUGAAGUCAGUUCUAUAUUGUGGUUUUGCCAAAAUGGCGAUGCUCCUUGCUUCUGUUUGGGCGGUCAUUAUAGACUGUUCUUCCAGUAAGUCUGUAAUAUAUAGUGCUAACUGCUCGAACGUCAGUGAAUGCAUGGCAGCUGCAGAAGGUCGCAGCACCUAAAACCUGUAAGUGUUUUUGUGAUGCUCAAUAAAUUUGCCUUGUUUGAUGUACC